AUCUCAGCCAGCUUUUCUUUUUUUCUUUUUUUUUUCUAUUACGUAUACACCACACACAACGUAAAGCACUGCCUGUACAAUGACAAGUCAAAACAGCAUAUUUCGACAACAACAGCAAUUAUACAAGUCGUCCCAUUAUUUUGGAAAGCCAAAAACACCUGCAUUCUACUCAGCACCAAUCUCACCGUUGCAUCAAGAAGAUCUGCAAACCAAAGGUCGUAAGCGACGAGCAUCUGAAGAUGAUUUAAUGGAAGACACAUGGGUUAAUUCGUUUGAACAAUUGGACGUUGCAACAUCACCCAGGAGUAAACAUGACAAAAUGCUGCAUACGAUCAAACGGAAUCGGACCGGUAUUGAGAAACAGCAACAGCAGUUUCCAUUGGAUAAACUACUAGCGCCGCUGGAUAAAGGGAAACUGAUUGAGUUGAUCAGUGAGCUGGUGGAAGCCAAUCCACGACUGCAGCCCGAGAUCCAUGGCAUGAUACAGCCUCAACAACAAGAACAACAACAACAACUGCAGCAGCUGCAGCCAGAUCUGCAGCACCAGCACCAUCCUCACAACGCACCGCAGCAAAACAAGCAGCAGUAGCUGCUGGUAGUGUAGUCAAGAAACAAGAGAGACAUGUUCUCUUCCUAGCAGUCUGUAUUAUGUACAUAUUUAACCAAGAAAAAGAUAUACCCCCGUUCCGCUGUUUGCAUGUCUUCUUUACGUAUUAUUAUUACUCUUUUCGCAUAAAAAAAACUCAAGUCAAAUCAUUUCCCAGACAACGAUUUUUUCACAUGGCCUACCCCACAGAAUUCUUUCUUACG